AUGGGAGCUGGGCCAAUAAAUCUUUCGGUAUGUCGAUCACCUGAUUAUCUACAAGAACUUGUUAACGAAUAUCAAGAUACAAAAGAUCAAGAUGCUUUGACUGAAAAUGAUGAGAAAUUAAAAGAGUUUGGUAUUGGAGGAUUAUGUAAUUUAUGUUUAGAACAAAGAAAUAAAGAAUAUAUUAUAAAUAAUGAGGGAAUACCAUUGAUAAUAGAUUGUCUAAACAGUAAUAAUGAGGAUAUUUUAACAGCUGCAAUAACGAUUCUAAUAUUUUUAUUGACACCGCCAACACUUGAAAUUGCAAAAACAUCAAUCUUAACUCGAUCUGUUAAGAAAAAAAUCGAAGAAUUAUCAAAAUCAGAGAAUAAUAUUAGUAGUAGUAAUAAUAAUGGCGGCAUUUCUAGUAGCAAUAGCAUUAAGAAUUUAUCAAUAAUAUUGUUAAAUGAUUACUUUAAUAAAGAUCUUGUAAUCCGUAAAGAUCAAAGACAAAAAACAAUAACGGUGGAAGGUACUAAUAACAAUAUGUCACAGCUACCUGAAGGUGAUGAAGAUGGAGGCUCAUCGUACCAACCUCAAUCAGAGUUUAUAAAAGAAAGUGGCAGAGAUAAUGAAGUAGGUGGUGGAAGUAGCCAUCCUCAUCAUAACCGUCAACAAGGCGAUGGUAGUGGUAUUGUUGAUAGUAGUGGCAUAUACGAUGAAAAUUUCUUUCCUAGCCCAACACAUCCACAUCACCACCAUAAAGGUGGACAUCAUAGACAACAACAACAAAUUGACAAAUUAGUGGAUCAAGAGUUUUUUAACGAUUUUCCUGAUGAUUUUGAUGAUGAAGAUUUAAGUUAA